UCUCAACCUGCAAAGCAAAUUAAGCAUAGCUAUAGCUGGAGUUUCUCUCAGAGCAACCUGCUCUUCUUUUUUGUUUGAGAGAGUAGAGAUUGAGAAAGAGAAACUCUUCCUUGGUUUCUGUUAUACAAGUUGCUAAGAUGGCCUUCCACUUGACAUUGGCUUUCGCUUUUGGCCUUUUAGGUAAUAUCAUCUCCUUUCUGGUCUGCCUUGCUCCAAUGCCAACUUUUUAUCAAAUUUGCAAGAAGAAAACAAGUGAAGGGUUUCAAUCUAUUCCAUAUGUGAUUGCACUAUUUAGUGCAACGCUUUGGUUGUUCUAUGCAAUUUUUGCAAAUGAUGCCACCCUUCUCAUCACCAUCAACUCCUUUGCAUUUUUUAUGGAAACUGCUUACAUUGCCAUAUAUCUGUUCUAUGCAGUCAAGAAGGAUAGGCUUUUUACCACAAAACUUGUGCUUUCGCUCAAUAUUUUUGCGUUUGGCUCCAUAUGCGUCAUAGCCAUGUUCCUAACCCAUGGCCAAAAGCGUGUCCAACUUUUGGGAUGGAUUUGUAUGGUAUUUGCUCUAUGCGUAUUCGUUGCACCUCUCGCCAUUGUGAGGAAAGUGAUCAAAACCAAAAGCGUAGAGUUCAUGCCAUUCUCUUUAUCAUUCUUUCUUACCUUGAGCGCAGUUAUGUGGUUCUUCUAUGGUUUUCUAAAGAAAGAUCUUUACGUUGCUGUUCCAAACAUACUGGGAUUCAUGUUCGGUGUACUCCAGAUGAUUCUUUAUCUGAUCUACAGGAACCCAAAGAAAACUGGGGAUGAUGACCAAAAAGCUAAUGAAUUGCCUAAUCAACACAGUAUCAUUGACGUCGCAAAGCUGAAUACUAGAGUCAGCUGCUGCGAGCCGAACGCAACAACUGUUGCACAUAGCAGGAAUGAUCGUGAAGAACAGCAGACCAUGCAAAUCAACAGAGAAGACAAGGAUGCCACGAACACAGUUUAACAAGAAGAAAAUCAUAUACUGCGCUGGACGAGUGUAUUAUAAUUAAUUAACUUCGCAUGCAAUUGCGGUUAUCUAGUUAAAGAAAGCGAAAGGAAGGGUACAUUGUGCUCUUCUCAAUAUCUCCAUUUCCGUAUACAUAUGUAAUUUGUGUUUCUCGACAAGAAUAAAAUAUAAUUUUAAUAUAAUUUUAUGAUA